CCGGUGUACCUGGCGGCCGUGCUGGAGUACCUGACGGCCGAGAUCCUGGAGCUGGCGGGCAACGCGGCCCGCGACAACAAGAAGACGCGCAUCAUCCCGCGCCACCUGCAGCUGGCCAUCCGCAACGACGAGGAGCUCAACAAGCUGCUGGGCAAGGUCACCAUCGCGCAGGGUGGGGUGUUGCCCAACAUCCAGGCCGUGCUGCUGCCCAAGAAGACCGACAGCCACAAGGCCAAGGCCAAGUAAGCCGGCCCCGAGGAAGCGCGCAGAGCAGCGAAGUGAAACCCAAAGGCUCUUUUCAGAGCCACCCA